UAUUCCUAGUUGAUGUAUACCUAUUUGUAAUUUGUAUUAGGCGUAAAAUGGGAAAUAAAUGAGUGGGUAAAUGGAGUCCUACCUAAUUUCAAUUUCCUAAUAGUAACAUAGUGAUAAUUAUUAGUGCAGACCUAGUAUCGUCAAACAUAAAAAGAAAAAAUGCUAUGCUUUAGAAAGUUUACUUUUGGUCCUACGUACAACAUUUUUGCAAAAAAGAUUCUAUUUGGUCCAAGUUCAUCCCAGAUUCAAGUGUUGAAUGCUUUCCUUAGUGGACCUGUCACAUGUAAUAGAUGUCAAUAUUUUCACAACUCUGGACCACAUUACGGGAAACGGAAAACCAGAGAGGAAAGGAAAGCUCCUCAGACUAUUGAAUUGCCAACUUCAAAAUUCAAACAAAUCCCAACUGUAGAAGUAUGGAAAAAUAUGACUGUUCAUCAACUAGCAGAAGCAAUGGACAAGAAUGUUGAUCACAUUUUUGAAACUAUGAUAUAUGUUGAAGGCUCCGACUAUUUUGAUAAACCAGAGUCAGUAAUUACAGAUUGGAAAGUUUUGCAAGAGAUCGUAAAAAAGAGUGGAUAUCGAUCAAAAAUAGUGUCCCCUCCUGAUAAGAAACAAGACAAGGAAGAAUUGAAGGAUAUAACCAAAAGGCCCCCAGCUCCAGAGGACCAGUUGCGACCCAGGCCUCCAGUGGUCACCAUCAUGGGACAUGUUGACCACGGCAAGACUACACUACUUGAUACCCUGAGACAAUCCUCCAUCGUCAAAUCAGAGUUUGGAGGCAUCACACAACACAUUGGAGCUUUCUCAGUGGUGCUGAAGUCUGGGGAGAGGAUCACUAUGCUGGACACACCGGGCCACGCAGCGUUCAGUGCCAUGAGGGCCCGAGGUGCUCAGGCCACAGACAUCGUGGUAUUGGUGGUGGCAGCAGACGAUGGAGUCAAGGAGCAAACAGUUGAGUCUGUCCGCAUGGCAAAGGAAGCGGAAGUUCCAAUAAUUGUGGCCAUCAACAAAAUAGACAAGCCAGGAGCAGAUAUAGAGCGUACCAAGCGGAUGCUGGCCCAGCUGGGUCUAACUCUAGAGGACAGUGGAGGCGAUGUCCAGGCUGUACCAAUAUCUGCACUCAAGGGCACUAAUGUCAACACCCUGGUGGAGGCUAUCGUACUUCAGGCUGAGCUCAUGGACCUCAAGGCUGACUACCAGGGUCUGGUCGAGGGUACAAUUAUAGAAUCCAAAGUGGAUCAAGCAAGAGGUAAGUUGGCUACAGCGCUGGUGUCCCGAGGUACUCUGCAGCGAGGCAGUGUAGUGGUGGCUGGGCUCGCCUGGGGCAAGGUGCGCUCUAUGUUUGAUGAGGACCAGCAAGUGGUGCAGCAAGUUACACCAGGCAUGGCUACCCAAGUCAUUGGCUGGCGCUCACUGCCGUCUGCUGGGGAUCUGCUGCUGGAAGUGGAAUCUGAGGCUAAUGCAUCGCGAGUUAUAAAAUGGCGAGAAGAAAAUAAAAUGAAAGCAAAAGCUAUUGAAGACUUGGAAGUUAUUCAAUCGAAGGCAGCAGAACAUCAGGAGGUUUAUAAAGUGCAAUUAGCAGAAAAAAGAAAACUAGGAAGGAGAAGAUUAAAGCCCACAGGACCCCGUCAGAAGCAAUUCCAAGUUAGCGAUGAAUUAAAAGUCAGUGUCCUUAUCAAAGGUGAUGUUGAUGGAUCUGUAGAAGCUAUCCUAGACCUACUUGAUACAUACGAUGGAACUUUAUGUAAAUUAGAAUUGGUUCAUUAUGGGAUUGGAAGUGUAACUAUUUCUGACGUUGAGCUUGCCAUACCAUUUCAAGCCAUUAUAUAUUCUUUUAAUGUUGGAGUUCUGAAAGAUGCUGAAGAGAAAGCUGCUUCCAAUGGAGUGGCUGUUAAAAAGCAUAAUAUUAUCUAUAAACUGUUUGAUGACCUUAAAGAAGAAAUGGAAAAGAUACUUCCGACAGUUGAAGUUGAAGAACGUUUAGGUGAAGCGAAUGUUCUUGAACAGUUUCUUAUAACUGAAGGAAAAAAGAAAAUUCCUGUAGCUGGUUGUCGAUGUGUGAAAGGAGUUCUAAAAAAGAAUGCCAAAUUUCGUGUUGUAAGGAAUGAAGAAAUUUUGUUUGAAGGCAAGCUUGACUCGAUGAGGCAUCUGAAGAAUGAAGUAGACACAAUCAAGACAGACCUGGAGUGUGGGUUGCGACUGGAGGACCACAGUCUACAGUUCAAGUCAGGAGACACCAUCAUCUGUUAUAUCACUCAUCAGCAGCCUCAGUCACUGGACUGGGAUCCUGGCUUCUAAAUAAAUAUUCUGUAGCCCAAA